AUGGCUCGUGAAAACUUUGGUUCAUUGUAUGACCCUGGAGAUAGUGAUGGCAGUGAAGAGGGUGUAGUUGAUAAGGUUUCACAGAAUGUGCCUUGCGACACCAUCGUUGCUAAUGGAGGAGCAAGAGGUUCAAAGAGAGUGCGAGCACCUGAUGAACAAGGCCAAAAUCAACCUCCUAGAGUGACUAGGCAGAGGACCAAGGAACUGAUUCGAAGCGAGGAAGGCGUCCAUGCUACAACUACAACUAUACAAGAAGAUGCAUUGACUAUUGCCAAUUGUCUUAACCAAACUGACCAUGAUACAGAAAUGCGCAAAGAAGGCAAGAAAGCAAAUACUCCUUUCUCCAAGAAUAUGGACAAGUGUGCAAAAAAUGCACUUAACCGUGAGAAAAAGCAAGAGAAAUAUAAAGAUGAACCACCCAGUGCGAUAGAUCUUUUCAAGGCGCUACAUUACAGCAGCAAGACUGGGUUUAAUGAGUCUGCAAAGGAAGCUAUUGCUGAAAUGGAAUCCAUCGCUGCUGCACCUGUAGAAGACGGCCAAGUUUCAAAGACCCCUGCUAAAAUUGUUGCUCAAGUGUUGCCCAAAUCAAAAUUUCUUCAAAAUAUUGGCCUUCAGCUAGCAGCCCCCAAGAGAAGCUCCAAAGCCAUUAAUGAUGCACGGGUUAUAGAACUUGAAACAUAA